UCUGAAAAAGGUUCUUCCAGCAUCUCAGGAGCACCUCGUAACUGUCAUGUUAGUCGAAACUUGGCGAGUGAUGUCGGUGGUGAUGGCUGCAGACCGGCAGUAUAAAUAGAGCAUCAUCGCCGCAGAAGUGAGACACCAAACUGGAUCAAUCAGCUGACACACAGCGUCCGGACUCGCAGACUCACACACGUGUGAUGCGCUUUUGAGUUUUUGUCGUCGUUUCACCUAUUUUUAUAUUCAGAGAAGUGGAGUUUGCUCCAAAGAAAACUUUCAAACCUGAUCAAAGAAAACUUUUUAAAAAAACAAAAAAAAUUCACCACUUGUUGAGCUGUGUCCCGCUCUGGAGAUGUGGUGGAUGCUGUUUCCACGGUGGAUCUGGUUCCUGGCGUGUGUGUCAGUGUGGAUGGAGCACCAGGUCGGAGUUUUGCCCAAUAUCACUUAUUCACACGCGGGGAUCUGCCCCAAUGACAUGAACCCCAACCUGUGGGUGGAUGCCAUGAGCACCUGUACCCGAGAGUGUGAAUCUGAUCAGGAGUGUGAGUCCUUUGAGAAGUGUUGCCAAAAUGUGUGUGGGAAUCGGAGUUGUGUGGCAGCCCGUUACGUCGACGGGAAGAAAGGCCCUAUGGGAAUGCCCAAGGAAGCCACCUGUGCCAGUUUCAUGUGCACCCAGCAGGGGUCUGAGUGUGACAUCUGGGACGGCCAGCCUGUGUGUAAGUGCCGAGACCGCUGCGAGAGGGAGCCGCACUUCACCUGCGCCUCUGACGGCAUGACCUACUACAACAAGUGCUACAUGGACGCAGAGGCGUGCUCCAAGGGCAUCACCCUAUCUGUCGUCACCUGCCGCUUCCAUCUCACCUGGCCCAACACCAGCCCUUCACUACCCCAGGCGACCACCCUUCGUCCUACCACUGCUCCUCUUCAGGCGACUAUCCCGCCUCCCACCGAGCCUCAGCCGCCCGUCGUGGUCAACAGCCCCGCUUACCAGACUGUAAAUGUGGGUGACACCGCUAGCUUCCUGUGUGACGUGACGGGUCGUCCCCGUCCUGAGAUCACCUGGGAGAAGCAACUGCCAGAGGGGGUGGAGAGGGUAGUCAUGAGGCCUAAUCAUGUGCGAGGGAAUAUGGUGGUCACUAACAUUGGUCAGCUGGUCAUCUACAACGCCCAGCCGCAUGAUUCAGGCAUCUACACCUGCGCGGCUCAGAACCCGUCUGGCUCAGUGCAGGCCAACCACCCACUCACUGUGCUGCCCACAGAGCCACCCAAGACCCCUGAGCCCAAGAAUGUGACCCGCUGCCUGCCUGAAGAGUGUCUGAAACCCCCUGAUAGCACAGAGGAUUGUGGGAGUGAGCUGGAGAAAGUCAGCUGGUACUAUGAACCCAAGACCAACAACUGCUUCUCCUUCACCCACUGCCAGAGCAACAACAGCCAGCAGCCCAGGAAGGCAUUUGAGACAUACGAGGAGUGUAUGCAGUGCUGCGGUCCAGAGCUGUCAGGCCCUUGUGGGCUCCCCAGCCUGCAGGGCCCCUGUAAGGCCUACGAGCCACGCUGGGCUUACAGCGCAACUCUGCAGCAGUGUCAGUCCUUUAUCUACGGAGGAUGUGAGGGCAACGACAACAACUUUGAAUCUAAAGAAGCCUGCGAGGAGAUGUGCCCCUACCCGAAAAACCACCACUGCAAGGCCUGCAAGCCGAGAGGCAAGAUGGUGACGAGCUUCUGCCGGAGCGACUUUGUCAUCCUGGGUCGCAUGACGGAGCUCACAGAGGAGAAGGACUCGGGCCACGCCCUUGUGACUGUGGAAGAGAUCCUCAAGGACGAGAAGAUGGGUUUACGCUUCUUUGGCAAGGAGCCUCUUGAGGUCACCUUCCUCAACAUGGACUGGAACUGCCCGUGCCCGAACAUCACGGGCGCCGCCGCAGAGGGACAGGUCAUCAUUAUGGGCAACGCCAACGAUGGCAUGGCCGUCCUUCAGCCAGAGAGCUAUGUGGGCGCUUCCAGCCCUCGUCGUAUACGGAAGCUGAGAGAGGUCAUCUCUAAGAACACGUGUGACAUUCUUAAAGCGAUCACCAACAGCCCUCAGUAGGGUUAGGGUUAGGGUUAGGGAUGUAGCAUUAAAACCUGACUCCACUGUAGCAGGCUGUUAUCUUUUGAACAUUAUUUGCAGUAAUGUUUUGAAUUAGGACCAUUCUUACUACAUUUAAUGGGUUUCUUUCUGUUUUUGAAUGUUUUCAGAAGUUCCUCAUGAGGAACCCUGUCAUAUGUCUUUUUUUGUGGUCUGUUCGCAGCGGAGCUUUUCUGUUAUGGUGUGGCCAUUGGUGUUGAUUGAAAUACCAUGAGACAUCCAUCAUGAUCCUCUUGUUACCAUAAUCCCCCAGACUCUCCCCUCAUGCCCUCUCUUGCCUCCACCAGAAAUGGAGAUUGCAGACUUGCACUGAAGCACAAAACAGACACGAUUGAGUCGUUAUGUACAUAAUUUAACUGUCACCAAACUUUUGAUUCUUUUACUUACCAGCUGUAUUUCUACCUGGCACUUUUGAUAUGAGCACACUCUUAGUUCAUACAUUUACCCUAUAUUUCUGUUUUCAUGUUGUAUAAAUACAUCCAUAAACCUGUGCAUACAGUACAACAAGGUAGAUUUGGUUCAUCCAAAUGAAUGAGUUGUAAUAUAUUUUAUUAACCACCACAUUUUCUCACAAUAAGUCAUCUAUUUUUUUAUCUACUUGCUCUUACUUUUUUGGCUAUUUAUUAUCAUGUAAGCUUUUCUUUUGUCUAGCUUUUGUACUUUACAUUCUGUCUGAAACUAAGUGGCAUUUUGUAUAAUUUUAUAGUAAUGUGCGAAGAAAAUAAA